CCAAACACUACCCUCAAAACUCAUACAAUCUCAAAGCAAAUCCCUCUCAAAACACACUCCCAAACUCUUUCAACUCAUCAACCAUGACCUCAGGCAAAUCCUUCAUCAUACCUCUCUUUCUUCUUGUGAUUGUGACCUUCUCAAGCAUGAGUUUGAGCCUAGCAUCUCGCCAUCUUUUGCAAACCACUCUCCCUAAUCCAACAACACUUCCACCUUUGCCUUCAAACCCUAUGCCUCAGGGAAAUGUUCCUCCUUUGCCCACAAUCCCUACCAUGCCAAAUCUUCCAUCUCUUCCUACCAUUAUGCCAACACUCAAUCUACCUCCUUUUGCAGCUUCACUGCCAAACAUGCCAACAAUGCCAAACCUCCCCUUUCCCUUCUUCUCCUCACCACCUUCCACCUCUAACCCUUAAAGACCUUCACAUGUUGCAUUAUGUGUUCAGGAUACUGCAUGUAAUAGACAUGGCAGCAUUUCUUUAGUCUUUUGUCAGAUAAUUGUAUUAGGUUAUGACUACAUCUUAUUAUUCAGUGUGUUUUUUUUACCCUCUUUUGUACUCAUCAGUUUGGAACCAUUGCUUCUACUGUACCCUUUUUAUAUUAUGAUCUAUGGAUGUUGAACAUCA